AACACCUCCAUCUCCGCCACCUUCACCCAAUCUAUAUAUACUCUUCGUCGCGGAAAGCUUGCGCGAACGCUUUGCGCUUUAUACACCAUGGCUAACUAUCUCGCAUCCAUCUUCGGCACCGAGCAAGACAAGGUCAACUGCAGUUUCUACUACAAGAUUGGCGCUUGCAGGCACGGUGACCGCUGUUCCCGCAAGCAUGUCAAGCCCUCAUACUCCCAAACCAUCCUCAUGCCGAACCUCUACCAGAAUCCCGCCUAUGAUCCCAAGAACAAGAUGAAUCCAAGUCAGAUGCAGAACCACUUCGACGCGUUCUACGAGGACAUCUGGUGCGAGAUGAUCGAGAAGUAUGGCUUAGUUGAGGAAGUUGUCGUCUGCGAUAACAACAACGAUCACCUCAUCGGCAACGUCUACGUGCGUUUCAAAUACGAAGAAGACGCGCAGAAAGCUUGCGACGGACUCAACUCACGCUGGUACGCCGGCCGUCCUAUCUACUGCGAACUCUCCCCCGUCACCGACUUCCGCGAGGCGUGUUGCCGUCUCAAUUCUGGUGAAGGCUGCGUACGUGGCGGGUUCUGUAACUUCAUUCAUCGCAAGGAGGCGACGCCGCAGUUGGAGCGCGAGCUCGAUAUGGGCACCCGCAAGUGGCUGCAAGACCGUGGACGUGAUCCCAGAAGCAUGUCCAAGAGCCCGACGCCACCGCCUGCUGGUGCUACCCGGAGGUAUUAGUAUCGAUAUGAAUUCCCUGAUCGCUUGCGGAACGUGUGCUCACGCCAACAUUAGGAAUGACGGGGAUAAGUCUGAGAUUAGCGAGACAAUCGUGGAGUCCAUUGAGGUGGAUCCUGAUGAGGGUGAGACGGAGGCCGACUUCUGAAUCCUGGGCUAGGUUUUUGAUAACACUACCACUACCAUUUCAUCAUGUACAUGGCCAGCGGCGGCGCUUCGGUGUUGGUUUUUGUGAAUGAACGGAACACUCAGCUUUUGUGGUGGAUACCAAAAUGGAAUGGCAAUGUCUGUCUCUCUGGUGCAUCGCGCACAGAAUAUGGCAUUUGCAUCAUGUAUACUAAAUCGGAUCAGAUACCUAAGUAUCUUGGUGUGCUAGGACCAAUAUAGCAACACCCUC